AUGGACGACGCUUCCAUCAUCAGCUCGCUGACCAAGAUCAAGGUUCACAGCCUCAAACGCAAAGCUCCGUCCUCCGUCGAGUCUAAACUUAGGCAAAAAAGGUUAAAAUCUGAUGACACGUGCAGUGAACUUUCCAUGACAACUUCCGAGGCGUACGGUAUCAACAAAGUCACAGACGAUUUCGACUUAGAUGAUUAUCAACCCCUCAACACAUCAACUGAAAAACCUGUUGAGUUUAUUAGAUUAGAUACAUCUCAAUUGAAUAGAAAUAAUGGAGUUUUAUUUUCUGAAGAUCUAAAUGAUGACUAUGAAGUUUGGACAUUGCAAUGUCCUGAUGAUAUCGAUAUUAACAAUCUACGUUCACAAUCAAUCAGUUUCAAUGAACUUAGAAAAUUGGAAAUUAAAAACACAAUGUCUGAUAAAGUUGAUUUGAUACCUUACAGAAGUCAAGAAGGAACAAAUAUUACUAUCGUGACUCCUAGUGAAAGAACAAGCAAUUUAUCCUUGAAUGUGGUUCCUUUAGCUGGAACAUUAAUUAUGAGUAAUCGAAUUAAGAAAGAGAAAUUAAGUAGCAAUACCUUACUUCCAGUUGAUACUAUUGAAGAUGCUACCAGAAGAAGAUCAGAAUUAAUGUCAAAAAUUACUAAAAGGCUAUCAAAUAAAUAUGAUGUCAAUGCACUUAUGAACACAGGCGUAAAACAAGAGUUUAAGAUGGAGAAAGAAUCACCUAGAAAAGUUAAAAAGAAUAAAAAAAAAUUGAUUAAUAAAUAA